AUGCGUUCCUCGGAAUUGGAUGAAGAUUUUCGAUGCAAGCAAGGUGCCCCACAAAAAGCAAUUAAGAAGAGUGGCAUUUUGAGUCAUGCAACUCAAGUUUACACCUGUAAGAUAUUCAAUUUAUUUGAAAAUCAAUUUCUUGAUAGUCUUGCAAUGGUUUGGGAUCAAGUUGAUUGCCAAGAUACAAUUGGUGUUUUUGAGGUCAAAGAAGAAAAUAGUGAAAGAGUACGCAUUGUCCGGUUUGAUCGUCUUAAUAACAAUAUUUCUUGUUCUUGUAAGAAAUUUGAGUCAUUGGGGAUUCUUUGUUGUCAUGCAUUGCGGGUUUUUAGUAUAAAAAAUUUAACUAGAAUUCCAAGUCAAUACAUUUUGAAACGUUGGACAAAAGAGGCUAAGAAGGGGAUGAUAACUUAUGAACAAGACAAUCAUUCACUUAGUAAUGAUAAAGAGGCAAAGAUAGUAUGGCGUAAUAGCAUGAUGCGAAUAGCUAAUACAAUCAUAUCUAAAAGUCAAGGGGAGGAUAGCCUUAAGAGAAUUUUCCAAAAAUUGCUAUUGGAACUUGAUGAAAAAAUUGAAAGGGAGUUAUCAAGGGUCAAGUUUGGUGUAGAUGCAAAUGUGGAAGAGAAUGAAGUCAUACAAUGUGACACCACUGAUGAAAUGCCUUGCUUGCCAAAUGAGGUGUUAGUGUUAAAUCCCCCAUGUGUGAGAUCAAAAGGUUUAAGAAAUACUAGACUUAAAGGGCACUUUGAGAAGCGCAAGGCAAACACAUCUAAAGAUGCAUCUUCUUCAAGUGAGUAA